AUGCACUUCGCAUCCGCCAUCAGCGCCGUCGCGGCCCUCGCCGUCACUGCCGUCACCGCCGCACCCGUCGCUGAGGCCACCGCCGCUGCCGCCAGCCAGUACGGCAGCUGGGCCGUCGACUACAGCUGGGACUCCGCCGCCAGCGGCUUCAAGCAGGAGAAGUUCUCGGCCGUCUACUCGCUCGACCAGACCACCGCCACCAAGACCUGGACCCUCCUGCCCCCCGACGACGAGACCACCGUCGUCAACCCGGAGUCUUUCGUCGCUUCCUACGACGGCUCUACUGUCAGUCUUCAGCAGACCGUCGAGAUCGACGGCACCAAGGUCACCAUUUACGGCAGCGCGCCGCUCGCGACGAAGUGCAACAGUGCUACCGGUCGUUACUGCAGUGGAUCUGCCACCGUUGAGGUCACCCAGGCCGUUGCUUGA